AUGCCCGCGGACGCAACGCGGCUGCUUCGGCGCAGAACUCAAAAUCUGGCAGCCCACUGGGCCCCAGCGGAGCAUCAAGCCAGCUUCUCGACCAGCACAGGAUCCAGGCGCCAAACGCAGCAUAGCACAGCGGGUCAGGCUCGUGGGAAAAGACAUAUCAGUGGGCGCGAGCAGGUCGACUCCAAACGACUGGGAUCCGACGAGCCUGCACAUAUUUGUGGAGAGCCGCGCGUGGCGAGUGCAGCCGGGAUAAUAGCGGCCGCUACACGAGAGUACGACCACGAUGUGCACAUCGCGCAAAUACUUAGAUGA